GCCUGUGGCAGGCCCUUGAAAUACAUCAGAAGCCGCUAAAACAACAGCCACCACACGAGACAAACAACAUGGCUUCUCAACUCCUUCCCCUUGAACUCAUCGACAAAUGCGUCGGGUCCCGCAUCUGGGUGGUCAUGAAGGGUGACAAAGAGUUCGCCGGCACCCUAGUAGGCUUCGACGACUACGUCAACAUGGUUCUAGAAGAUGUCACCGAGUUCGAUUACUCGGGUAACCACACCAAACUGAACAAGAUCCUGCUCAACGGGAACAACAUCUGCAUGUUGAUUCCGGGAGGUGAAGGGCCGACGGGUAUAGCGGCGUCAUGAGGAGGGGAGGUGCUUGGUUUGGUUGGGGGUUUGGUUGGGUUGUUCAAGGGCUGGGUUAGGUAGUUUGGGUUUCUCUAAACUGGGAGGGGGAGGGAUAAUCUACGUCCAAAGUUGGCGAACCGUUUGGCAAACCGGCUAGAUUCAGUCGUUCUGUGUCCCUAGCCAUCAUCACCCAAGCAGAUACCAAGAUAUAAUAACAGCUACCCACGCCAGUCACCCAGGUAGGAGACAGACACGGUCAGCUCAUCGGAGGGAGAAUAACAUUAAGAAAGGCAUGGCAACACACAACCCACACUAUUAGCACGUUUCGAAUAUGGGAGCAACCAAAUCACCCAGCACCCAGUACGCAGUUGCAUGAGUUGUAUACCCCGACCUAGUAGUAGAAAGGCAGCCUAACACCGA